ACAGUUUCCAGACAGAGCACCAAUCACAAAUCGGUAGCUCUAUCAGCAGGAAUAGUUAUAUCGUCAUUUUUGAAUUCUCAUCAACAAGCAUCAUGCUACGAAAGGUCUUUGCCGUUGUCUCGGUACUCCUGGUAGUAAGUGCAGCCAAGGUGCCAAAACUGGUGCUGGACGACAACUACGUCAACCGAGUAGUUGGAGGAGAGGUAGCGAAGAACGGUUCGGCCCCGUACCAGGUAUCGCUGCAGGUUCCCGGCUGGGGUCACAACUGUGGAGGAUCGCUGCUAAACAAUCGAUGGGUACUAACGGCAGCACACUGUCUGGUCGGCUAUGAGCCCAGUGAUUUGAUGGUACUCGUCGGCACAAACAGUCUCAAGGAGGGAGGCGAACUUCUGAAGGUUGACAAGCUGCUGUACCACAGCCGAUACAAUCGUCCCCAGUUUCACAAUGACAUCGGUUUGAUGCGGCUGGAGCAACCGGUACAGUUCUCAGAGCUUGUGCAGAGCGUGGAGUACCUGGAGAAGGCGGUCCCGGUCAAUGCGACGGUGCGAUUGACGGGCUGGGGUCGUACCAGCACUAAUGGGAAUGUUCCCACGCUACUGCAGAGCCUGAAUGUUGUAACGCUGUCGAACGAAGACUGUAAGGCAAAGAUGGGCAAUCCGGAGAAUGUCGACUUGGGGCAUGUUUGCACACUGACCAAGGCUGGCGAGGGAGCGUGCAAUGGUGAUUCCGGUGGCCCAUUGGUGUACGAGGGAAAGCUGGUCGGUGUGGUGAACUUUGGCGUUCCGUGCGGUCGCGGAUUCCCGGAUGGGUUCGCACGUGUCUCCUACUACCAUGAGUGGGUUCGCACAACGAUGGCUAACAACUCGCCGUUCGCCGACGGUGUACCAAACAGUACCAAUUCUCCCAAUAGCAUCAUGCUACGAAAGGUCUUUGCUGUUGCCUCGGUACUCCUAGUAGUAAGUGCAGCCAAGGUGCCAAAACUGGUGCUGGAUGACAACUACGUCAACCGAGUAGUUGGAGGAGAGGUAGCGAAGAACGGUUCGGCCCCGUACCAGGUAUCGCUGCAGGUUCCCGGCUGGGGUCACAACUGUGGAGGAUCGCUGCUAAACGAUCGAUGGGUACUAACGGCAGCACACUGUCUGGUCGGACAUGCUCCCGGUGAUUUGAUGGUACUCGUCGGCACAAACAGUCUCAAGGAGGGAGGCGAACUCCUGAAGGUUGACAAGCUGCUGUACCACAGCCGUUACAAUCUUCCCCGGUUCCAUAAUGACAUUGGUUUGGUGCGACUAGAGCAACCGGUACAGUUCUCGGAGCUUGUGCAGAGUGUGGAGUACUCGGAAAAGGCGGUUCCGGCCAAUGCGACGGUACGGCUGACGGGCUGGGGUCGUACUAGUGCAAACGGACCAUCACCAACGCUGCUGCAGAGCCUGAACGUUGUAACGCUGUCCAACGAGGAUUGCAAUAAGAAGGGAGGCGAUCCAGGCUAUACGGAUGUUGGACAUCUUUGCACACUGACUAAAACAGGCGAAGGAGCGUGCAAUGGUGACUCUGGUGGCCCACUGGUGUACGAAGGAAAGCUGGUCGGAGUGGUGAACUUUGGCGUUCCAUGUGCUUUAGGAUAUCCGGACGGUUUUGCCCGUGUCUCGUACUAUCAUGAUUGGGUUCGCACGACGAUGGCUAACAAUUCAAACUGUAGAGUGAAUAGUGCCCUCAAGAUGUCUGAGCUGGUGAGCUUUAGACCAGGCCCAAGAACGGGCCCUCCUGGGAACGAUCACGACAGCGACGACAACGAUUUCAACAGUGUAGUGGAAUCGGAAAAUGACGAACCAAGCUAUCUGUUGACAAUGGUACAAGUAGUGAAUGUUGACGGAACACGUAUCUGGGCUCGAGCUUUACUGGAUGGAGGUUCACAGAUCAACAUUGUUACGGAACGAUUGGUACAGCUGUUGAGAGUCCAGAAGAGGAACGAGCAUCAUCUGCUUGGUGGAAUAGGGAAGGCACAGCAUUCGUCUCAUCAUUCUGUGAGCCUUGCUAUCCACUCUCACUGCUCUACCUUCAAGGCAAGCUGGAAGUUCCAUGUGCUGCGAGAAGUGACGUGGGACCAGCCAGCACAUGCAGUCAAUCCGGAAGGAUUGAACCUACCGAAGGGAGUGACGUUGGCGGAUCCUCAUUUCUAUGAGCCAGGGCCAAUUGAUCUACUUAUUGGGCGAGAAGGUUACAACGAUCUACUUUUGGGUAACAUUCUUCGGUUGAAUAGCCCAAAACUACUACUGCAAAACACGGAGCUGGGUUGGAUUGUCUCAGGUCAGGCAGUACAUGUGGAGCUUAUUGCCGAUUUGUCUACUCCAGCCUUCAUUUCUACAUUGAAGCGUUUCAUAGCUCGUCGCGGUAAACCAUCCGUAAUCCAGUGCGACAACGCCAAAAAUUUCCGGGGAGCUGAUCGAGCGCUCAAGGAGAUGUAUGAGCUGUUCCAGAAACAACAACAUCAGGAUGCUGUUACAACUUACUGCGGAACGGAAGGGAUCACCUUCAACUUCAUCCCUCCGCGGUCACCCCAUUUCGGUGGGAUCUGGGAGGCCGCAGUGAAGUCGCUGAAACGGCAUCUCAAGGCUACGAUAGGAUCCAGUAUCUUGCGGCGAGACGACCUGGAAAAUAUCUUAGUUCAAGUGGAGGCUUGUUUGAACUCGCGACCGUUAGCUGCACUUUCCAACGAUCCAGAGGACCUGGAAAUUCUGACACCUGGUCAUUUUUUGAUUCAACGGGCGCUUACAUCGGUCCCUGAGCCAUCUUAUGCUGAGAUUCCAGGCAACCGCCUGGACCGCUAUCAACAAUUGCAGGAGUAUAAACCAUACCCUGCCCCGGAGAUAUGUGACCAGGAAAAGGGACAACUUCAACUGCAGAAAAGUGAAGAGUCGGACCAGCGUGAACCCACCAACAAACAAAUUAAUGCAGAGCUGAGCAGCUUCGUGCAGAAGAAAUCGUUCGCCCAGAACAUGAUGGACAUUGCCCUGCUGUCGGCAAACACGAAUCAGCUGCGGUACGUAAUCGAUCUGGGGGACAAGCAUCCGUACUACAUGACCAGUCUGAUGCUGAUCAUCGUCAGUCUCGUGAUGCAGGUAGUCGUUGGCCUAUCGAUGCUGUACGUGAAUAGAUACAACAUGAAGAACAGAAGUGAGAUAAAGGCAGCCUCGCACAUGAACAAUCUUUCCGUGGCGGGUGUGUUUAUGGUAACGCUGGUCAACGUGUUCAUAUCCACCUUCAACGGUGCAGGAGCGGGUACACCUCCCAUACCGGAAACUGGCGGCGUGUGUGUUUUUCCUUCCCGAGAAUCGUCAAAUAGCAUCAUGCUAAGGAAAGCGUUCAUUCUUGUGUCGGCAUGUUUGGUAGUGAGUGCAGCUAAACUACCGAAACUGGUGCUAGACGACGGCUACCGAGUAGUUGGAGGAGAGGUGGCGAAAAAUGGAUCAGCACCCUAUCAAGUGUCGCUGCAGAUACCCGGCCACGGUCAUAACUGUGGCGGUUCUCUGCUGAACAGCCGUUGGGUACUGACGGCAGCACACUGUAUUGUUGGUCAUGAACCGACCAACAUUCAAGUGCUUGUCGGUACAAACAGUUUGAAGGAGGGCGGCCAGCUAUACAAACCGGACCAAUUGUUUCACCACAACUACGCUAGUCCCGAGUUCCGCAACGAUAUCGGUUUGAUACGUCUGAAGGAGGAGGUACAGUUUUCGGAGAUUGUGCAAAGCAUCGAAUACUCGGAACAGGUUGUCCCGGCGAACGUUACCGUACGGUUGACCGGCUGGGGACGCACCAGUGCUGACGGAAGUGUGCCAACGCUGCUACAGAGCCUGAACGUGGUAACGCUCACGAACGAAGACUGCAAGGCCAAGAGCCUUUAUCCCGAACAUGUCGACGUGGGACACCUUUGCACGCUGACCCGGUCUGGCGAGGGCGCCUGCAAUGGUGAUUCCGGUGGUCCGUUGGUGUACGAGGGAAAGUUGGUCGGAGUGGUGAACUUUGGCGUUCCGUGCGGGCUCGGAUAUCCGGAUGGGUUUGCGCGCGUCUCUUACUACCACGAUUGGAUUCGCACAACGAUGGCCAACAAUUCGUAACGGAUUUGCAGUCACGUGGUUUGAAUUGGUGAUUUCGUGUUCUGUUGAAUUCACCACUGCCACCGUAGUGCGCAUUGCAUAGUACCAGGCGCUUAUAAUUUUACGGGAGUGCACGAGAAACGUUGUACCUCAAAGUGUUGGGCACUGUAUGCGUAAGUGUAGAAUUUCUCAUAUGUUCGGUGUAAAGGAAAAGGGAUUUAGUACUUGAAAUAAAUUCAGUUUUUGCUAAACUUAA